AUGUCUCUUACAAUCACAGGAAAAGCGGCACAUAUUGCUCCUCGACGUCGACCAAAUCAAGCACCGAGUCGCGGAAGAACUGAUCAAAGUUCUCGGAAACAAUAUGUCGAUCCGACGGACCAUGAGGCUAAUGAGAUUUCCAAUUUAGCUGACCAAUAUGCGCAAAGUCUCCAACAGCAAAUACAACUUUUGCAGAUUGAAAACUCAUUCUUGAAGCAACAGCAGCAAGAGAUACAAGAUCACGACGUGAAAGAGAAGAUCAAACAGGCGGAGGUAGAAGAACAGUAUAGAACAAAUAAAUUGAAAAGAGAGCAGGAGUCUUCUAAUGCAAAAAGAGAAUCAAUUUCACAACAAAGAGAAAACACACGUCGUGGCACCACCACCAAAAUAUUUUCGAGAGGAAAUGAGGUUUCGCUGAAUGGAGAGACUUGGUGUCAACUUCCGCCUCAUCAUCCGUCAAUUCCAGCGAUUAUUUCUGAUAGAUCUCAGUAUUCUCAAAGAAUUGGAAGAGAAAGAGGCUUCUAUGACUCCUUCCCUCGUGAUAGACGGGAGUAUAGCGUUCCAUGUUUCCCUCGCUCUCGACACGCGAGUACUAUGAGGGAGCGCUCAUUUGUAAUGAGUCAAACGUUAGACCGAGAGGAGUCGCUUAUGGAGAAUUUGGAGGAUGCAGUGGAAAGAAACACAAUUCUUGAAAAAGAGAUAAGUUUGGCUAAAGAAAGGGAAAUAGACCAAGAGAAGGUGAUAAGCAGUCUAACAUCAAGGAUCAAAAUCAUUGAAAUUGAAAAGAGAGAAGAAAUAGAUUCAAUGGUUACGGAAAAGAAAAGUCUUUUGGAGGAGCUUCUUGACAUGCAAAAAAGGAUCGAUGAGCUUGCUCCAGCAUGUGCUGAGAAAGAACUAAAAAUUGUGGCGACAGAUAAUGAGAAACUUGAUCUUACGAAAAGGCUAAGACAUGCGAAUAGCGAUAUUUCACACCUUCAGUCAAGCAUAAUGCAUCUUCGUGAGGACAUUUCAACGAAAGACCACGAGAUGAAAGCUCUCAGUGAGGAAAUUGAGUAUUUGAAAAGGAGAGCAAUCGGUCUAGAAGAGGAUAUCAGAGAUUUGAGAAUGAAAGAUACGGAAAAUCAGGACAAAAUAAGUUCAUAUAUCCAACAGUCCCGUGAAUUUGAACUGACAAGAAUUAAUGAUAAGAAGCUGAUCGACCAGAUGUUGGAGGAGAACACUAGCUUGAUAAAGGAGAAUGCAAGAAUUUCUACUAAACUAACUCGUCUUGAGGCGCUAGACUUCUCUUUCAAGCAGAAAGAGUUGAAAGAAGCGCAAACGAAUAGUGAACUUGUGACUGAACUCAAAGCGGCUCUUCAUUUAGAGAAAAGUUCUUCCCACAGCUUGCUCAACAAAAUUGAAAUAAUGAGGCAAAGAUGUGAGGAAUUGGAAAGAACGAUUUUGGACAGAGACAAGAGUGAAGAUGAAAAUAUUGCUGAAAGAGGACGUGUUGAAAAAGAGCUUAAUGCUCUACAUGCUCUUUCAAAAUCGCUUUCUUCGGAAAAUAAAGUAUUGAGAGAGGAAAAGUUAGCAAAUGAAGAGAUUAUUGAUGAACUUAAAGGAAAAAUCCGAGCCCUGGAAAUGACUAUCCGGUCCGCACAAGGUGCCUAUCAAGAAAAAGAAAGAUUGAGUGUAGCGAAAAUCCAAGAGUUAGAGGACGACGCGUCAAAAAAACAUCAAAAGUAUUUGGAGUUUGAAGAGAUUUCCAAAACCUUACAAAAAAUAACCGCUUUGCUCCCUGCGAAAACGUCCAGCAUGACUCAACCCUCUCAGAAAGAUUGCUCUAAAUAA